ACAACCGACGAGUGGAACAACCGACGCCGCCUCGUCCAAUUCUGGCGCAAGCAGGAUGGAACGCAGAUCACUGCGGCCUUCCAGGGUAUCCCACAGGACAAGUACUCGGCGCACACGCAGAGCAUCAUCAUCUCCUGCAUCUUCCGCGAGGACAACAACCUCUGCUACGUCACCUCGGUCGACGCGAUCUACCUCCUCGAAGCGCUCGUCGGAAAUCGAUUCACCGUCGAGGAGAAGAACCGGAUCAGGCGGAACCUCGAGGGAUUCAGGCCGUUGACGGUCAGCAAGAGCAAGCCGGGGAGCGAGGACUUCUUCAAGCUCAUCAUGGGGUUCCCGAAUCCCAAGCCGAGAAACAUCGAGAAGGACGUCAAGGUGUUUCCGUGGGAUAUCUUGGGGCAGGCAUUGAAGAAGAUUAUCGGGAAAUACGUGAGUACUUCAGUUUAA